AUGAACCGACUGUUGUGUGGUACUAGUAUUACUAGUCGAGGACCACUCCUAUUCUUGGCCACCGUCACAGCAGCAGCCACCACCAACAACAAGACGAACAAAACAGAGAAUGAAGCCAACAAAAAAGAAGAAGAAACCUUGAAUGGUCGCACGGGAUUACUCUUUCUGGGGACCGGGUCGUCGACGGGAUGUCCCAAACCACUCUGUACCAUGAUCUUUGGCUUAAACAACAACAAUAAUAACACUACGCCAGCAACACAAAUAGACCCCAAGUUGAAAGCAGAGUUUCAGCAUCGCUGUCAAACGUCCAUGGCAGCCAUUCAAGGAGGAGAUCCCAAACACAACAAAAACUAUAGAAACAAUCCAGCCUUGCUUUUGUCACUCUGCAACACUGAUACUGAUACUGAUACAGACAAUACUACUACUACUACUAGUAGUGAUCAGAAAUGCCACAAUAUCCUGAUUGAUGCCGGCAAGACGUUUCGAGAAGCAGCGCUACGAUGGUUUCCCGAACAUCAAAUUCAAACAUUGGAUGCCAUUAUU